CAAUAUGGCGGCGCCCAAUACAACGCAAUAACGCUGAUAACGCGUUUGAAAUCGAACGCAUCCGGUGUGCAUUACUGCAAUAAACUGCGGAAUUUCAAUACGCGAAAUCUGUGAUAUUAUUUAUCAACAUGUCUGCUACGGCUAUGCAUAAAUUUAUAACUUUUGUAGGAUUUAUGUCUAUAUUACACGCAGCUUAUUCCGCAGCACAACAUCGUUCCUACUUGCGGAUUACUGAACAGGAAUUUACUACUUUGCCAAUUGAUAUCUUAAUCCAAGGUAUAGUCAGUUUAUUUAUUGUCAUGUACGGAGUUAUGUACAUUGCCGGUGAUUUCAAAGAAAUUCGAGCAGUUGUCGAUUUGGAAAAUAAAUCUUGGGAAACAUUGAGGAAUCUGCCAUCAUUUCAAGUAUUUAAUCAUCGUGGAAGAGUUCUUUCACCACUGCAUAUUCGAGAUGAAACGAUUUCUCAAACUGAUCAUCAUCAUCAUUAGUUAUAUAUAAAAUAAAUGCAAACAUUUGUUGAUUAUUAUGUAACAUCUGUAGCUUAGUAAAAUUUUUUACACAUCAUGUAAAAUAUCGCAUAUUUAAAAGAAUUUAAUAUAUAAAAAUUUAGCAUCAUUAUUAAUCACAAUACAGCUUGAAUAUUUGUAUAGAUAUGAGAUUUAAUUAAUCAUGUACUAUACUAAACCAACAUUGAUACCAGAAAUUGUGAUCUUCUGUAAUCACAUAACUUAAAUUGUGAACUUUACACGAGGAACAAGUUUUGUAUACAUGUUUCACAUAAUUUUGAAAUACGAAUAUGUAAAAAGUCUUACAGGUUUAGAAUGUUUCUCAUUUGUCUAUAUGUCGUCUUAAAUGUGUACUUCAUUUAUUUUAUAAGAAAAAUUAAUAAGAUACAAUAAAAGCGUGCACAAUGGGGUACAAUGACAUCA